CCUCAGCUCCAGUCCUUCUCUGAGAGGGAGACCAGGUGAUGGCAGCCAUGCUCCUGACAGCCUGGCCCCAGGUGAGCUGUGGGUCCUUCACCUCUUCCUCUGAGCAGUUUCACAUUGAAGAAAACUGAGAAGGGAAUCUGGGCAUGAGCCAUGGAAUUGGCCCCUAGGGCAGCAGGAACCUGUUGUUUCAGAAGUCGGUGACCUUUGAGGACGUGGCUGUGUACUUCACCCAGACGGAGUGGGAUGGCCUGUCCCCUGCACAGAGGGCUCUGUACAGGGAUGUGAUGCUGGAGAAUUAUGGGAAUGUGGCCUCCCUGGGAUUUCCCCUUCUCAAACCUACUGUGAUCUCACAGCUGGAGGGAGGAGGUGAGCUGGAGGGCCCAUCUCCACUGGCCUCUGGAACAGGCACAGGCCCCCAGGGCAUCUGGACUGUAAAUAUUGAUAUCCAGACUGACAAUAAUUUGACAGAGGAAAUGUAUGAAGAAAAACAUAAUACAUCAUUUGAACUUCAAAGGAACUCUUCCCAGGAAACAGACUUUUCAGAAACUUAUAUUCUAGAGAAACAGCAGGAAGUCCACUCGGUAGGAAGUAUGGAGAAAGAAAACAGGAGUGUCAUUGAUGGGACAGUGAAAGACAAUAUAAGCCCCAUGGAGGAGUGCUUCUUUAGGCAAAGUCCAAACUUGAAUCAGUGUCAUACCAUCUCCACUGGAGAGCAGUCCCCUGAGUGUACAGGAUUGGAGAAGGCCUUCAGCUUUGACACAAAACUUAUUCAACAUGAAAUAAUUAAUUCUGGGGAAAGACCUUUCAAAUGUGAAGAAUUAGUGGAAAGCUUUAGGUGUAACUCUCAACUUAAUCAGGAUCAAGAUAGCUACACUGGGGAGAAGCCCCAUCAGCGUAAGGAGUGUGGCAGAGCCUUUAGCGUUAAUGCAAAAUUAAUUUGGCAUCAAAGACUUCACAGUGGGGAGAAGCCCUUCAAAUGUGUAGAGUGUGGAAAAAGCUUCAGUUACAGUUCCCAUUAUAUCACACAUCAGACUAUCCACAGUGGGGAGAAGCCCUAUCAGUGUAAGGUGUGUGGGAAAGCCUUCAGCGUUAAUGGGAGUCUGAGUAGGCAUCAGAGAAUCCAUACAGGAGAGAGGCCCUAUCAGUGCAAGGAGUGUGGGAAUGGCUUUAGCUGCAGUUCUGCAUAUAUCACACAUCAGAGAGUCCACACUGGAGAGAAACCUUACGAGUGUAAUGACUGUGGGAAAGCUUUCAAUGUUAAUGCAAAAUUAAUUCAACAUCAGAGGAUCCACACUGGAGAGAAACCUUAUGAAUGUAAUGAGUGUGGGAAAGGCUUCAGGUGCAGCUCCCAGCUUAGGCAGCAUCAGAGCAUCCACACUGGAGAGAGACCCUAUCAGUGUAAGGAGUGUGGAAAAGCCUUUAGUAAUAAUGCAAAACUCAUUCAGCAUCAAAGAAUUCACACAGGGGAGAAACCCUAUGAGUGUACUGAAUGUGGAAAAGCCUUUGGCGUCAAAGGGAAGUUAAUCCAGCACCAGAGAAUCCACACGGGUGAGAAACCCUAUGAGUGUAAAGAAUGUGGGAAAGCCUUCAGGUGUAACUCCCAGCUUCGGCAGCAUCUGAGAAUCCACACCGGGGAGAAGCCCUAUGAGUGUAAUGAGUGUGGAAAGGCCUUCAACGUUAAUGCAAAACUAAUGCAGCACCAGAGGAUUCACACUGGGGAGAAGCCCUUUGAAUGUAAUGAGUGUGGGAAAUGCUUUACUUCUAAAAGAAACCUACUUGAUCAUCACCGAAUCCACACUGGAGAAAAGCCUUAUCGGUGUAAGGAAUGUGGGAAAGCCUUCAGCAUCAAUGCCAAACUAACUCGGCAUCAGAGAAUACACACUGGGGAGAAACCAUUCAAAUGUAUGGAAUGUGAGAAAGCAUUUAGCUGUAGUUCUGACUAUAUUGUACAUCAGAGAAUCCAUACUGGAGAGAAACCCUUUCAAUGUAAGGAGUGUGGAAAAGCCUUCCAUGUUAAUGCCCAUUUAAUUCGGCAUCAGAGAAGCCACACUGGGGAGAAACCCUUCAGAUGUGUGGAGUGUGGCAAAGGCUUCAGCUAUAGUUCUGACUGUAUUAUACAUCAGACUGUCCAUACUUGGAAGAAACCGUAUGUGUGUAAUGUGUGUGGGAAAGCCUUCAGGUUUAGCUUCCAACUUAGUCAGCAUCAGAGUGUCCAUAGUGAAGGAAAAUCCUAAUGAGAAGGAUGUAGAAAACUGUCAAGGUUAAUGCUGACCUAGAUCAAGUAUCCUCAGAUUCACCCUGGUGGAAAACCCUGAGAGAGAAAUGGAUAUGGCAGAGUCUUCACAAGGAAACAGAUCUUUUCCAUUUUUUUCAAUUUUAGAUCAAGAAUGACAACCAGUUUUAAAAUAACAUCCAAAAAUAAAUAGUUUGUUUUAUACCAACAACCAAUAGAAAAUAUAAUGAAAGAAAAUAUUGCAUUCCCAACAGCAUCAAGAAAAGUUGGUUUUCUAGAUAUAAACUUAGUAGGACCUAUGUGGAGAAAUUAUAAAUCUCUGCUGAGGGGCACAAAAGGAAAGUUAAAUAAAUGGGGGGAGAGUGAUACCUUGUUCUUAGAUAGAAAAACUCAUAAAGAUACUACCUACCUAAAUUAACUUAUUGCCCUUUUACUUUUGACAACAAGCAUGCAUCACUUUUGUAAA